UUGCCGUGACGUUAGUUUGUGGUGUCAAGUAAUGGCCGAAAGAUUGGCUCGUGUCCGUAUUUAUCAGUGUUAGCCUUAUUUUGUAAUGUUCUUCCACAAUAGCGUUUAUCUAUUGCUUGUUAAGGCUGAAAAAACAAUUGUGUAAACAUAUUGUCCCAUCAAGACUCGUGUGUUAUUUGUGUUGACGGUAUAAUAUCCAAAAGUUUGUGAUGUGAUUUCGUUUGAAAUAUUGUUAUUGGUCAACAGCAACAGCCGUGAUGCUGAUCCGCGGUGGGCAACAGGCGUGUCUCGCGCGCGUACGUGCCGGUGUGUGUGUGUGAAGUGUCAGUGCGGUGACGUGGUUGCACCUACCGGAUGGUGGCAGCAUGGCGUUCAUAAUGAAGAAGAAGCGCUACAAGUUCGGCGUGCAGGUGUGCCUCGAGGAGCUGACGGAGGUGCCGUUUGUGGCGGCGGUGCUGUUCGCCAAGGUUCGGCUGCAGGACGGCGGCAACUUUCAGGAUCACUCGAGCAGGGAGGAGGUCCGCGACCACGCGGUGCGGUGGAACGCUCAGUUCUCGUUCGUGUGCAAGAUGUGCGCGAACGCGAACACGGGCGUGCUGGAGCCAGCGCUGCUGCGCGUGUCCGUGCGCAAGGAGUGCAAAGGCGGGCGCUCAUACCAGAAGCUGGGCUUCUGCGACGUGAACCUCGCCGAGCUGGCCGGCUCCGGGGAGACGGUGCGCCGCUGCCUGCUCGAGGGGUACGACAAGCGGCGCCCCGACAACUCCGUGCUGCGGAUACGGAUCAAGAUGAACAUGAUAUCCGGCGAUCCGCUGUUUAAAGUACCUGAACGCAAGCAAGAGGCGGCGGAGGGCGCGGGCGGCGCGGCGGACAGCGGCUCGGAGAGCGCGCCCGCGCCGGACGACGACUGCGGCUCCUCCACCGCCAGCUCGGGCUUCGGCUCGCUUACCAAGAAGAAGAAUUACGAGGGUGGUCACACACAACCGCUGUCCUCGCUGCCCUCCUGCGACCUCCCGUCGCCGGACAGCGAGGAGCCCCCCACCUCGCUACCCGACUGUCCCACGAGUCUAACGGUGUCGAUGGGCGGUGCGGGCGCGGCGGGGGGCGGGGGCGGUGCGGGCCCAGUGGGGGGCGUGGCGGGCGGCGCGUGCGCAGAGUGCCAGCAGCCGCACACGCACUCGCGGAACUCGUCCAACACGUCGGGGGACAUGAGUAGUAAGGCAUCCGGCUACGGCAGCUCCGUUUCGGCCGCGUCGGCGCACUCGCGGCAGAGCUCCGAGGGGGACUCCGCCCCGGACAGGCCGCAUCACAAUAGCGUACGCGUAGAGCGCACCACGAGGACCACGACCACGCUGUACGUCCCCAGGCAGGGCUGCAAGCACGCGGGCAGGCUCGCCAAGCUCGUCAUCGAGCGCACCCUCACCGACACCUCCGACCUGUACCUCUCCCCCGACGCGACCCCCUCCGACGCGUACCUCACCCCCAACGCGACCCUCGCAGCGCAACCCGACGUCAUCCCGCGCCACGUGCAGUCGCCGGCGAGCGACGAGUACGGAACCCCGGACAGCACCCUCGCGGAGGACGGCUCCUUCGCGAUGCCCACGUACUUCGACCGGAAGAAGCGCGCCGUGUCCGUGAUCUCGUCGGUGGUGCAGCCGCUGAGCAACUUCCAGAUACUGAAGCAGAAGUCGCUGAACACGAUCCCGGCGCUCGUCGAGAGGAACAAGAGGAACGAGGAGCUGUUCACCAACUUCCCGUUCCUGACGCCGCUCGCGCACCGCAAGAAUUCGCUGGUCGCGAGCCGGCUGUCCGGCUGCCUCGAGGACGAGUUCUACUGCAUACCGUCGGAGGCGGAGGACCAAAUGGAGCGCAUCGACGUGAGGCACAGGUUCAGGAGCGUGUCGAACAGGGCGCUCAACGAGCCGCUCACCUCCACGCCCAAGGCGGGCGCCGAGCUGCGGCACAGCGUGGCCGAGUGCGCCAGGAACCCGUCGUCCGGCUCGCUGACGGCGUCCGCGUCGGAGUCGGGCUCGCUGGAGCGCGCGCGCGCCGCGCUGGAGCGCCGCAAGCGCGCCGCCGCGCCGCCGCCGCAGGACGACGCGCAGCACACGGUGUCAUGUCGCGUGGAGAACACGCGCGUGAACCCGGACUCGCUCAUCGACGAGCUGCUCGCCGCCACUGACCUCAAGCAGGCGGUCGACGACGCUGCCGAGACGUCCGGGCUGCAGCUGUUCAUAACGCGCGACGGCACCGCGGAGCUGGGCUCGCGGCAGCGCCAGCAGCUCGCGCGGCGCGACUACCAGCGCGUGGUGCUGCACCCGCACCCGCACCCGCACCCGCGCGACCACAGGAUACCUUCUGCCAGGUAGCCAACGGUGUGAGAGCGCGGGCCCGCGCGCGCCCUACAAACCCGACACUUGAUACCCGACGCGUGUUGCCGCGUGUCGCCGCGUGUUGUCGCGUGUCGCCGCGUGUUGUCGCGUGCUGCGCCAAGAUCGCAUGGGAUUUACAGUGAAUGCUGUUAGUGCGGUGUUAACGUGCGGCUCUAUUAUGUGUUAUUGAUGGGAUUAUUGUCGAUAUUUAUUGUGUACGGCGGCCGCCACGCCGCUACCGGCUAGCCCGCACUCGCGCACCUAUCAGUAUUGAUAAGUG